UAGAGAAAAACAAUUGGAAUCUGUAAAAAUGUUGCGCCGCUCGGACAAAUUAAGUAUUAUAGACCACACGACGUUCCAAAAUAUCCAAAACGAUGGGGCACAAACAGCCCCAAGAAUGCUGGCCCAAAGCUCCAAGUACAAAAAUAAGCACAAGAAGGACGAGCUGCAAGGCACGCUCUUCGAUUUUUUGGUCAAGUCGCGAAAGACGCAAAAGCAAAACAAGGCCAGAAAGCUAAAGCGUCCACGUCUGACCAUUACAAAACCCUUAUAUUGGCCAAGGCGCAAAGGAAAAACCCGCAUUAAUCCCAGGAAGAAGGUGACUAGAUUGAAAAAGCUGAUAUGCAGCUAUCGCAGGCUGAAGAAGCAAAAGAUGUCCACUGUUGAGAUCCCCGACUACGAGGAGGAGCUGAGAGAGAAGCUGGAGUGCCUGUUGCUGGACACAGAAGACCCGUCUACACAAGAGGAGCAGAAACUGCCUACCAAAGAGGAGCAUCUAGCAGAUCAAGUCCAUCCCAUACAUUCCCGGCGUUUCAGAAGCUAUUGCGACAACUGCACCAGACCACAGCUCAAGCAGUUGACCACUCAGUUGUUGAAGGAUGUGAACCGUUUCCAGAAACGCGCCUAUGUCAAAAACGAGAUCAAGGCACGGGCACAUCCUCGCUUCGUUUUGGGCAUCCGUGAGGCUUUAGCCCGGCUGCGCAUAAAAAAAGUAAAAUUGCUAAUACUCGCCACCGAUUGCGAGAUUUGCCCCGGAGAACAUGGCCUGGACGAAACGAUUGAUGGCUUGAAGGAGUUGUGCCAGCAACAAACUGUGCCCUACUGCUUCUCUCUCGUGCGACGCGAGCUGUCCUAUGCCCUUCAGAAGCGUGCACAGAUCUCUUGUGUGGCCAUUUUGGAUUACGAUGGGGCCAAUGCCACAUUCAAUGAUCUCCUCAGGGAGCUGGAAGACGCCAAAGAGGAGUAUAAACGCCUGACUGCAGUGUGAUGGUUUAUUAAGUGCUGAAAGCGGACAUAAGUGCAGGAAGGAGGUGCAAAAAAGACCAAAAUAUACUUCAGCUUCAGCUUCCUCGGCUUCUUCAACCCGUUGGCGUUAGCAUGGUGGUGGUCACCAGAUCGUACAAAGUGGAGCUACCAUUGUCCAUUUCGGUGGCAGCGCCAACCAAGCUGGCGGUAUCAUUCAGCGAAUUGAAUGUCUGAAUGGCCUCCUUGGCCUGCUGAGCAGCCAAAUUGAACUGAAUCAAUAUAAUGAGGUAGCUGGUGAUACCACCACUGACGCCAUACAACGUUUCCAUGUCCAAUGUGAAGAAUCCGCAGGCGGAGAAGUCCACCGAGUGAUUGAGCAGCUUCAACGACAAAUGAUUGACAAUCUCGAAAAGCAAGUUAUCAUCCGCAACCACGCCGCACUUGUGCAGGCUGAUGCCAGUGCGCUUCGAGGCCAGAGAAGUUUUCCAACUCAGGUAGAUGAGAUACACACACUUGCCGGACGUAUAACUCAACGCAAUGACCGUGAUGAAGGGAUUCUUGGCCGAGCGGAAUAGCGACGGUAUCGACUGGAACUGUGUCGCGCAGUAGAGGAAAUACAGCUGAGCCGUGAAUAUGAGGAAGCCAUACGCCAUCAGAGAGAGAAUCGGAUAGCUCCACAGCUCGUUCAUGGCCUUGCCAAUCUCACAGAUCUCGUCGUGCACCUGACAAAGAUUGUUCAGCUUCUCCUCCACCUUGGCGGCGUUGCUCAGCUCGCUCUCGUGCGCCAUAUUCACGGAUAUCGGAUGAUGAGUGGCCUUGUCGGCGGCCUCAAUGGUUUCCCCAAAAGAGUUCAUCGAGUGGGUAACUGAAAUCAGACAUGCCCAAUGGACUGCGAAUCAAACAUAUUCAAAAUGUACACCCACCAGGCGCCACCUUGUUCUUGCCAGAUCCCUUGAGCGAGCUCAUAUCCAAGCCGCCCAGCUCCUUGUAGAGGUACUCCAAAUUGCUGUCGUACUCCGGUGGCUGAGAGCUGUCCAACGCUGAACUGCUAGUCUCCUGAUCGCCCCGCAGCCACAGCUUGAACUUCUCGUGGGUGGCUACCAGCUCCUCCAGCGUCAUGUUGAUGGCCUCGAAGCGUUCCUUCAGCGCAUACAACGAGACGGCAAACCAGAUCUUGUCCAGCGUAUUGAUGAAAGUGGGAAUGGCCGAGACAAUCCACAGAACGGACAUCCAUUGGGUGUAAUCCACUAGCUUGAUGUACGUGGCCAACAGGAUGGAGAGCUCAAAGAGGAACGUCAUGAUUAGCAUAAACCUAAUGCGUCCCCCAAUGUGGCUGUUGUCCACCACACACUUCUCCCUGUACAAACGUUCGUCCACGUGGCGAAUGCGCUCGUAGAGCUCUCCAAUCCGGCCCUGAUUACGCAAGGCGGUUAACUGGUCCGUGCCCAUCAUAAUGAGGCCAAUGUAGGUGAGAAACAGGCCAAUCACAAAGGUCAAGGUGCCUGGGGGGGAUGGAAGGAAGCAAAGGUUGAAUACUGCCCACCACUCGUCAUGCUCUACUGACUCUGCGAGGCCUUGAGGGUGCGAUCCUCCUCUCCAAAGGAGUAAAUCAGGAUGUUGUACAGCAGCACAUACACAAUCAGCAUGGCCAGCAUGUAGAUCAUGCCAUUGCGCGACUUCUCCAGCACAUUCUUGGUGCGAAACUUCUCCAGAUUCUGCGGCAGUAUCCCAGCAAUCUUGGAUAUGUAGAAAAGUAGCUGGAAUUGCUCCAGCAAUGGCUGGACCAUUGGCUGCGCAUUCUCCGACUGCACCUGCGGCAUGUUGACUGUCGACUGACCAACGUCUCUGGACCCUCUAGACAUUAUCGAUGGCCCUGCAGACCAUGCACUUAGCCUAAUUAAAUUUCUGCCGCACAUUACAAGGGCAGCCCCACUCCACUCCCAUCGAUAUUAUCAUUAUAAGUAAUCCACUAUUGGGGGUGGGUGUUUACGUAACUCCAUUUAUGGUACAAUACAUUGAUGAGUUUUGUCUUUAACUUGCUGGUUUAUUUAAAUAGAGAAUUUUUUUGCCAGGGCUUUUUCACAAUGAACGUUCGAAUGUUAUGUAAUUUAAAAGCCGAAAUAUGCACGGCCGUAAGUUCUUUGAAAAAAUGGGAGAUUUUCUAACAUAAUCAGUUUUAUAGUGUAUAUACGUAGAUGUAGAUGUAUCUAUUGUUUGUUUAUUUGUUUUGUAUUUGCUGCUACCGCCGGACCUUAGUUCCUUUUGCGGCGCUCGUUUUGCUUUCGCUCCUCCUGAAAGUAAUUAAAUGAAUUAGUAAGUUGAUUCUCGCAGAUAAUUAGAUAGACCAAAGCGCAUAAGAAUAAUUUCACAAACAGCCAGCCAGAAAACUUUGCAAAUGUUUUGUCAAGCUCAUUGGAAAUAAAUAUACUCCCCGCAAAAUGG